AUGGACGCCACCAGCUCUGCAGUCCGCCCCACGUCGCCUCAGACGAGCCCCAGGCCAAAGCCCAAGAUCCGCCGACCGUCUGUGUCCAGCCCGAUGACCUGGCUGUCGCGCGCAUCCUCGAGCUCAUCUGCCUCCAACGCGCCGUAUGCGCCCUCGCGCCCGGUCCGCAUCUCAGAGCCCCGGUUCGCGGACCCCACGGAGGCUUUGACACACCAGCGUAGUGGCGUACUGGGAGCGGGUGCAAUCGUCGUACGGACCCCUCAAGAUGCUCUUGCUGGCCCAAGGGCGUCUGCCUCGUCCCCCGACCUCUUGACAUCCUCUCGCAGCCCAUCCCCUCGGCGCCUUAUGUCAAUGGAAUAUGAAGACAGACAUGACAUUGAGCGUCCCGGCAGUCCCCCACUCCCGCCGAUCCCCGACAGUGUAUCGGAGUAUGAAGAAGAGGAAUACGAAGUGGACGCGUCGGCCGAGACAGCGACGCUCGAUGAUUGGCAGUCUACGUCCGUCAUGUCCCACCCGCCACCACCGUCGCGACCCCCGCCGUCGAUCCCCUCUAUCCCUGACUAUGACUCCGAGGUGGCCCAAGCACGCCCCAUCUCCCCGCUUCGUCCAACAGCGAAGGCCAUGGCCCCUCCUGCGGACUACUUUUCCUCGGCCCCAGCGGGACCAGGCGGCGUACCUGUGUCUCCCCCGCAAUCCCCUUUCGACGCGAUUCUCGUGUCGCCUGUACCAAGCAACACGCUUGAGCCCUCGAAGAUCAUUGUCUCGCUGGAGACAAGCACGGCGACGCAGCGGACUACAAUGGCCACGCUGGUUUCGCGGCCGUCCUGCCUCGCGUCGUUCCUGCUCGGGCUGUUCCCCUCCACCGACUCCGACUCGCGGUCGGUAUACUCCACGAAUAGCGAGGUCGAGAGCUCGUUCAACUCGAUCUUCCAUCACCAUCUUGCUUCCUCUGGCGUCCUCACACACGCCUCGUCAAACCUUCACAUAUUUUUGGACCGGCCGAGUGCUCCCCUACCUCCGGUCACCUCACUCGACGCCCGAGUCCCCCGUCGCCCUUCCGCAUGCCGCGCACGACUGAACGGUUCAUCAGCACGGCUCGAAGCGCUGCUCGAGCUGCGCGACGAGGCCUGCUAUCUUGGCCUCGACGAGCUCGAGCGGCUGUGCACGGAGGAGCUCCGACACCGCCAGGGCACUCCCAGCAGCCUGGGCCUCGGGCUGCACAUGCGCGGGUUCAGCAACGCGAGCAACCACUCCGUACGCAGCCUGCACACGCUGCGCGAGCGUGCCGAGCCGGCGGAGGGCGCGGUUGACCGCGCUGCGCUGCGCAAGUCCGACGACUCCGGGUUCGCGAGCGGGGAGACGGGCGGGCGGAAGAGCGGGAGCAGCGCAGAGCUCGACGCGCCGUGGCCGUCGCCGCCUGCUACGAUUCCGCGCCCGGCGUACAUGAAAGACCGCAGCCCGAAGAGGGACGGGUACGCGUCGCUGAAGACGAAGCCGACGGGCGAGUGGAUCUGA